GCGGGCUGCACAAUGCAUUAGCCCACGAUGAGCUGUCAAAAAGGAUUAUUUCAGCUACGCCAGUCAGCAAAAGGGGUGUGUGCCGCUCGACUGCACUAAAUCUGAGGAGAGAAAGAGAGGGGCGGGAGUAAAAAACAGAGAGAACUAGAGAGAGAGAAAUAGAGAGAGAGAAAAAAGCUACCCAGAUAGAGAGGCGAGAGGGAGAAAUAGUGAGAAGAAGAGAAGUGUCCAUUUAACACACAUAAGAAGGUGGAUUUUUCUGGAAGAGUACCGUGCGAUGUUGGAACACUCGUCGGAGCUAGCCCUGGUGCAGAGCAUAUACGUCAACGGCAUGCGCUGUCCCCCCUCUGCCUCCGCCGCCGGUGUCCCCGUCAGGAAUGAGGACCUAGGAUCUCUGAGCAACGGCAGCAACAGCAGCAGGAUGAAUGGUUCUAUGGAGAACCUGGAUACCCCUGACCAUGACUCCAUCAAGAUGUUCGUUGGCCAGAUCCCCCGCUCCUGGACGGAAACCGAGCUCAAGGAGCUGUUUGAGCCCUACGGGGCCGUGCACCAGAUCAACAUCCUCCGAGAUCGCACUGCCACACCCCCCCAAAGCAAAGGAUGCUGUUUUGUAACGUUUUAUACCAGAAAAGCCGCCCUGGAGGCCCAGAAUGCAUUGCACAACAUAAAGACCUUAACAGGGAUGCAUCAUCCCAUCCAGAUGAAACCCGCUGACAGUGAGAAAACAAACGCGGUGGAAGACCGAAAGCUCUUCAUUGGAAUGGUGACAAAGAAAUACGGCGAGAACGAGGUCCGAAUGAUGUUCUCUGCUUUUGGACAGAUAGAGGAAUGCCGAAUUCUCAGAGGGCCUGACGGUCUGAGCAGAGGCUGUGCGUUUAUCACAUUUUCUACCAGGGCUCAGGCCGCGAAUGCAAUCAAAACCAUGCAUCACUCUCAGACUAUGGAGGGCUGCUCCUCUCCCAUGGUGUGUAAGUUUGCGGACACUCAGAGGGACAAAGAGCAGCGGCGCCUGCAGCAGCAGAUGGCCCAACAGAUGCAGCAGCUCAACAGCGCCUCCACCUGGGGAAACCUGGCAGGGCUGGGAGGCCUCACCCCACAGUACUUGGCAUUGCUCCAACAGGCGACAUCUACCGGUAACCAGAGUAAUUUUGGUGGCAUGCAGAGGCUAGGAGGUGUGAACCAGCUGCAGCUGCAGAACCUGGCCACGUUAGCUGCUGCUGCCUCUGCAGCCCAGAACUCAGGCGGCGGCUCCAACGCCCUGUCAGCCAACGGAGCUCUAGGUAAUCUCUAUAACUCAGCAGCAGGCCAGACGGCAGGCUCCAGCGCUGGUGCAGCCAUGAACACCCUGGCCUCUCUGGGCCUGACCCAGGGCCUCGGCGGGGGCCUGACGGGGACCUCCAUGGGUCUCAACAACCUCAACGCCCUCACUGGGGGUGUCAGCGGUGAGUUCUCCAACCGAAUGGCGGCUAUGAACGGAGGACUGGGGGCCUCGAUGGCGAACGGCUCGGGGGCGAGUUCCAUGGACGCACUGACUCAGGCCUACUCAGGGAUGCAGCAGUACACGGCCUCCGCCCUGCCUUCCCUCUACAGCCAGUCCCUACUGCAGGGAGCAGCCGGCGGGAGCCAGAAGGAGGCUGGGAGCCAGAGGGAGGGUCCUGAGGGAGCCAACCUGUUCAUUUACCACCUGCCCCAGGAGUUUGGAGACCAGGAUGUCCUGCAGAUGUUCAUGCCUUUUGGAAGUGUCGUCUCUGCCAAAGUCUUCAUCGACAAACAGACCAAUCUGAGCAAGUGCUUCGGGUUUGUCAGCUACGACAAUCCGGUGUCGGCACAGGCCGCCAUCCAGGCCAUGAACGGCUUCCAGAUCGGCAUGAAGAGGCUCAAGGUGCAGCUGAAGCGCUCUAAGAACGACAGCAAACCCUACUGAUCUUACCCAGGGCAGGGGUCAUUUUCCCCAGGCUCUAUGUUAGCAUUACACGGGUAAGUCUAAGUCUACCCAACCCACGACUAAAGCCAAGGCCAUCUGAUCACCACAGCAAAGACUUAAUUAAUAGGGUGGCAGGUAGCCUAGAGGUUAGAGCGUUGGGCCAGUAAUCGAAAGGUCGCUGGUUCGAAUACCCAACCCGACAAUGUCACAAAUCUGCCGAUGUGCCCUUGAGCAAGGCGCUUAACCCUAAUUGGCCCCAGGGGCGCCGUACUACUAUCGUAGGUGUCAUUCAGACUCACUCCACUGGGGUCUUGUUAUCUUAAACCGGUUAUGUUCUUUACAUGUCUAUUAUUACUGCAUCCAUUCCUUUUACAGUUUCAUCAUGUAAUUUUCAAGAGUGGUAUAAAGUGUGUUAAUUUAUAUGAUUAUUUAUAGCUAUCACUAGAGCCAGUGGUCAAAAGGGUAUUUUGUGUUGUGAUAUUUAAGAGGGAACACCAGAUUUUAUUAUUUCUGUACCAUUUCAUUAUAUCUACUUACUAGGUUUAAAAUAGACGGGUUGACUAAGGAUCAGACACACGCCUCAUCCUGUCAGACUAUCAGAGCUCUUGGGCUUCAGUCUGUUGCAUUGAUCUGUUACCACUUAAUAUGUGAAGCUCUUUCACUUUUUCUCUCUGCUUCCAUCUCUCAUUCUUUUUCUUUCUUAAAACCAAGCAAUGUCAAGCUGCUGGGGCUACCUCAGCUCACUUCUUUUCAUAAUUAACUUCUUCCAAUCAUUCCAUCCAUCCAUGUCUCUCCUGAAGGGACUGACUGGUUAGAGAUGGAUCACUUUGAGUGCCACGUGUAUGUGCAUGUCUGACUGUCUAACAUACGUCUAGUGAUGUCAUUUCCUAAUCUGAUGAUGUCAUUUCCUGUAUCAAACUGUAUUGUUUUGUGUGUGUGUGUGGGGAAACAUCCCCAAUUGUCAUUAUGUUAUAUGUGGUGGUUGGCAUUGUUUGUCGUUGUUGUUGGUGCCUCAUGUUUGAAAGGUUAUUGUGCUGUGGCUAACUUCUUUCUCCCUCUCUGUCUCUCUCUCUCUCUCUCGCUCUCUCUACCUCUCUCCUUUCGUGUUUUUUCUUCCCUUUUUUAGAAAAAAUCUCCAUGCCUGUUUGCUCAUCGUUAGCCUAGCAUGUCCUCAUGGUGUUGAAAGCCAACCCAAAACUCCUCCUCUUCCUCCCGGCUACUCCUCAUCAUCCUCCCACCAUUGUUGUCUCUGAUGUCUCGCUAAAGCUCGCCUGACCAAUAGGCUACCUGACCACACCCCCCCCCACUGACCUUUGACAUAUGAAAUUUGACCAUAGCUCAACCUGAUUGGUUGUAUCCAAAAUGGCACCCUGUAUAGUGCACUACUUCUGACCAAAGCCUUUUUGAUCAGUGCUAGGUGCUGCACUAUAUAGGGAAUAGGCUGCCAUUUUGGAUAAGUCCAAUUUCUUUCGCAUGUAACUUCAUUUUUCUCUAGUUUUUCUGUAUAAAUGUAAUGGGAGGAAGGGAGGGAGGACAAGCAAAAUCAAUGUGAAAUCUUACCUGCGCUUAUUUCAUUUAAGAGACUAUUUAGCAAAUGCAGAAAAAAAACAUUGUUUUAAAAGCCUGUGGGAUAGUUUAUUCUUUAUUUUUUAAUUUUGUAAUUUGCUUGUUUUUAUGUUGUUUCUUUUAACCUCUUCUCUCGGUCUAAAGUUCACUUGAAAGUUUUAAUACAGGGACUAGCACGGCACAGUGCUACUUUGUGCCAUUUAGCAAUAUGCUGGCUUCUGAAACAACAUACUAUAAGGUUCUGUCUGAAAUGACAUCCUAUUCCCUAUUUAGUGCACAGAUUUUUAUUUGCCGCCAGGGCUCUAGUCAAAAGUGUAGUGCACUAUGUAGGGAAUAGGGUGCCAUUUCGGCUGCACACUAAGACCACUCGACUAGCAAAACCAUUUUCAAAACAAGUCUGAUUAUCAACCAGAAUUCCCCUCAGUGCGUUGUUAUGGCUUUUCACAUUUAAUAUUCAAGAAGGCAUUGUAAAGAUUUUCAAUUUUCUCGCUAAGGCUGUUGGUGACUUGGUUUUCAUUAAUGAAAAUAUAAGUUUAUUUACCUAUUUAGCUUUAUUCUUUAUUCCAAAAAAUAUUUACGGCACAAUUAAAAGGUAGAUUUGCUAUGACUACCUACAUGAACUUUUUAGAACCGAUUCACAAAUAGACAAUCUGUGGUUUAAAUGCACACUUAGAUUACCUAUAUUUUAUACCAUUGAAUCUAUAGAAGUUUAGGUUAACUUUGGGGUUAUUUUGUAGAUUAUGUUGUAAUGUCAUCUGCUAGGGUCUAAGUGUUUCAAGUUUUUAAAGAGGAUUAAAAAAACAACUGUUUGCUCGAUCAACACAACCUUUCGAAAAAAUAAAUGUCAUUACGUGGUGGUGAUGUAAUUCCUACUUAUUUACAUGUACAGUGCCUUCAGAAAGUUCUCAUACCCCUUGACUUAUUCCACAUUCUGUUAGUCUGAAUUCACAUUGGAUGACUAGAUUUUUUCCCCUCACUCAUCUACACACAAUGUCCCAUAAGAUGACUGUGAAAAACAUGGUUUCAGAAAUGUUGACACAAAUUAUUGACAAAUUAAAUACAGAAAUGUAUCAUUUAAGUAAGUAUUCACACCCGAUUCAAUACUUUGUAGAAGCACCUUUGGUAGCGAUUACAGCUGUGAGUCUUUCUGGGUAAAUGUGUCCGCGUGCUUCCCAGCUGAAACAGUUCGGUGGAGUUUGAAUAUAUAAUGACAAAAUUUUGUGACGUUUUUGUUCGUUUGGACUUCUGUGCUGUUUUUUUUGGUGAUUGGUCAACAUUAGGGAUUCUUUAAUAAAGUCUUUGUCAUGCAACAAGAGACGACUCGUUUUCAUGCAAAUGUUUUAAUUGACAAAUCCUGCACGAAACAACUUAAUGUAAAAUUGCCCCGACUAAGAUAAAUCUUCAUCAAAAUGAAUGACAGAUUUCUUGAGUUAGAUUCAUUCUUACUGAGGAAGUGUAUACUGGCUACGGCGUCUCAAAAUGGACCAACCGUACUAUUUCCUCUUCUUUCUCGUUUUUCAAAGGAAGGUCAUUUAACCAGGCUAGCUAAGUUUGGCUAGGUGCCAGCCUAACUGAAGCAUGCAAAUUUGACCAUUUGUUCUUUUAAAAAUUCUUCACGCUCUGUCAAAUUGGUUGUUGAUCAUUGCUAGACAACCAUUUUCAGGUCUUACCAUAGAUUUUCAAGUAGAUUUAAGUCAAAACUGCAACUCGGCCACUCUGAAACAUUCACUCUCUUCUUGGUAAGCAACUCCAGUGUAGAUUUGGCCUUGUGUGUAGGAAUUCAUCGGCCAGUGUCUGGUGGAAAGCAGACUGAACCAGGAUAUCCUCUAGGAUUUAGCCUGUGUUUAGCACCAUUCUGUCUGUUUUUUUUUUAUCCUGAAAAACUCCUCAGUCCUUAACGAUUUGCUUUGCCAAUUUUUUUAAGUAUUCAUUUAGUGCCUUGUUGCAAACAUUAUGCAUGUUUUGGAAUAUUAUUUUUCUGUACAGGCUUCCUUUUCACUCUUUCAAUUAGUAUUUUUGCGUAACUACAGUUUUCUCCUAUCACAACCAUUAAAAUGUAACUGUUUUAAAGUCACCAUUGGCCUCAUGGGGAAAUCCCUGAGCGGUUUCCUUCCUCUCCGGCAACUGAGUUGUGGUGUCUGGGUGUAUUGAUAUACCAUACAAUGUGUAAUUAAUAACUUCACCAUGCUCAAAGAGAUAUUCAAUGUCUUUUUUUGUUUUGCCCCAUCUACCAAUAGGUGCCCUUCUUUGCAAGGCAUUGGAAAAUCUCCCUGGUCUGAAUCUGUGUUUGCACUUCACUGCUCAAUUGAGGGACCUUACAAUUAUCUGUAUGUGUGGGGUACAGAGAGAGUCAUUCAAAAUUCAUGUUAAACACUUUUGCACACUGAGUGUCCAUUCAACUUAUUUUAUGAACUUAUUUAUGCUUGCCAUAACAAAAGGGUUGAAUACUCAGAUUUCUAUAUUCUUUUAUUAAUUUGUCAAUUUUGAAAAACGUCCGCGUCCACUUUGACAUUAUGGGUUAUUGUGGAUAGGCCAUGGACCAAGAGAAUCUAUAUUUAAUCAAUUUUGAAAUUCAAGCUGUAACAAAACAAAAUGUGGGAAAAGUCUAGGGGUGUGAAUACUUUCUGAAGUCACUGUAUUGUCAGAAUUCCUUUAUGGAUUAUUAGCUUUUUUUGGACACAUCAGAUAAUAGAUUGUCAUUGUGUCAUCUUGGGGAGUAUAUAGACUGAAUUUGUUUUUUCCUACUUUAAAAAAAGAGAACGAUUUAAACUUAGUAUUAAAUUCUUACUUAAGGUACUUGAGAAUUUUUGGUGAAUUUCUUCUUGAUGAGAAUUUAUUUGAUAAAUGGAUGUUUGAGUUUUUGUUUAGUGUAGAUGCCUUGUAUUGAAAGAUAAUGUCUCUUAACACAGAAGACAGAUGAUGCUUUUUUGUUUUUAAAGUGCCCAUGUGUCAAACUCACACACACAGUAUUUUAACUUCUUACAAUAUGUGACGGUGCCCAUUUUCUCACACACACACACACACUUUGUUUUGUGACAGUAAAAACACUCGGAGCCCCUGAAUGUGAGCGAGAAUUUUUAUUUGGUCCCUCACACACACACACUGAAUUUCUUUGUUGGUGAUAAGAUAUUAUUUUAUCACACAUUUAAAAAAACUUUUCUAUUCAAAACUUACGCACAGUAUCUAUGUGUUAACACUGCUCAACUCACCCCCACCAAAACAGUGUUGGUUUACAAAAGCAUUCCAUGUUUCAGCAUAAAAGUUUACUACUCCAAACAGAAGUGUGUCUUUUAUAGGGGUGAUAAUGGACUAGCCUACUUUCUGUCAGUUGAACUGCGAAGCUGAUGGGUCAGCUCAAAUAAUUUACAUCCAGCCCCCCAAAGAAAGGUUCCCCAAAAAUAAAAAGGUGUACCGGGGUCGUAUUCACUAGGCACAAAACAGAAUCAAGCAUGGGAGACGAUCUGAACUUGCCCAAUAAGAUCUGCUUGUUUUCAUUUUCCGGUUUGCUACGGUGUGCCCUAUUGACUACGACCCAAAUGGUUCUAAACAAGGGUUGUCAACUCAGGGUCCUUUGUGUUUGAGAUUCAGCUCUGUGUGGAAGAUGCAAGCACUGCGUAAGGUGUCUUUCGCAACAGAUUUGGGAUUAACAAGACACAAAAUGCACAAUUGUUGCCAUUUUUAAACACUUUAAUUUUUUUUUUUAAAUCACCACAGAUGGCAUCAGUUUUAGCUUGGGAGUUCUAGCAGCACUUGUUGAGAGGAGUUUGGAGUUUUGCUUGUUGAAUGGGAGUGGUUUGUGUCAGUUAUUAGCAGAAAUAUUAGGGGAAAUGUUCACUUUUUUGCUAAUCUUUUUGUCUUUGAAGCAUGGGUUGGUGGCACUUCCCAGAACUACCAAGGUACUACUACUAAAAAAAUAUUUUGUGUUCAAUAUGAUGGAGCAUGUGCUUUUUGCAGUGUGUUUUUAUAUCCAAAUGCAAUACAAUAAUCAAAGUGCCAUAUUAUAUGUCUAGAAACUGCCUACACAGAUACUAUUAGGCCUUGGUUGUUAUUAUUAGAGAUUGUUGAAGUUAGGUAACGCUCUUUUAUUUUUUAUUUUGGCAUGCAUGUUAUUAUAUUGAUACCAGUGUGUCAUUAAGGCUAAAUCGCCCUCUGUUUUUUCCCCCACUUUGUGUCAAGUUAUUUGUUCUAAUGUGAUGUGUGAAUUUGAACACAUUGGCAAGUAAUUUUUUUAAAUUAAUAUACAAGAAACAACCCUAAACUUUUGAAGACAAAUCCCCUUGUUGGUGAGUGACAGAGUUGAGUACUUUACGGUACAGUCACAGACGAUGUAUAUUAAUGAAUGCUUGUUAUUUGGCAAAAUGGUAGUGGUUGUAUAUUGAUUUAUUGAUUAUAAUAGAAAUAUCAUUUUUUGCAUCAACCAAAACCUGGGAAGUGUGCCAUAUUAUAAACAUUGAUUUGUCUUUAUGACAGUUUUCGAAAAAAUAAUUUAGUAUGUAGGCUACAACAAACUGAUAACCAAUGUUAGUUAAUAUUGAAUUGAUUAUAACAGGUAGUUAGUUCUAAAACUAUUGUAAAAAGAAGUGUUACUGAAAAUGUUGAAAUAUAAGCACAAUAUAAAAUCACACAUGGGUCAGGGUAAAGGAACUUGAGACUCACUUCGGGGGCUUCCGUCACAACCACCAUUUUUGGGAGUGCGUUCCAAAUUGCACCCUACUCCCUACAUAGUGCACUAAUUUUGACCAGGGCAGAUAGGGAAUAGGGUGCCAUAUUGGAUGUAGUCUCAGUAUUUCUGUCACUGCUCUCUCAUACUCUGAAGUGCUAUUUGACAAAGGUAUGUGGUAGCUUUGCGUCCCUUAGAUAUUGUCUUGGUCAACAAUCUAUCUGUCCUCGUUCUGUACCAUUUUUAUUGUCUGAUUAAUAAUUGAUAUGAAUUCUUUGUUCAUGUUCUUCUCCACAUAAAUGAUUUGAUAGAUGUUUGUGUUGUCUUGAGAAAAACCAAAGUCGCGGUGCAUCUUGAUGUUAUCUGAUCUGUAAAGCAUUAUUACAGUAGUGAUUUUCUGUUUUAAUUAACAAACUUUUUUAAAACUUGGGUGGGAUUUGAAAAUAACAAAAUUACAAAAACAGGCUCUUUCCAAUUUCUACAAUACUGGUUGUUCAUAUGUAUUUUCUACCAGUGAAGCUUUUUUAUAUUGGAAAUAAUUAAAGAAAAAAAUCUAUAUUGGAAAAAAAUGUCUGGCCUCUCUAUAAGGCCUCGCCUUGAAUGUGGGUCCUGAGUUAGGCUUCUUGGUGGUUGUCAAUGAGAACAGUUUUGGUAGUAUGUUUUAUUUCUUAAAAUAACCUUAAUUUUGAUUGAUCAUCAACUUGCUCUCUACAUGUUCCUCACUUUGUUAUUCACUUUUUUGGGGUGGGGGGUCUAAAAUUGUGGUAAGUUUCAUGUUAGUAGUAUUGUGCUCUGUCCACAUGGUUAUUAUAAAUGACCAUCCGGAUUGAUUAUAGGCAACUUGUGUGGAUGGAUAAAUAAAUGUAUUAGUUUAAUAGAAAGUUAAUUAUUUGUUGUUUUAGUUCUGGGCUUUUUGCUUUUUACCUGUGUCGUUAGAUUUUUCUGUUUUUACCAUAGAAUGCGUGGUGUGUAGUUGGAAAGCCAAGUCGAUGUUUUAUUUGGUAAAUGUUUGUUCAUGUGUGGUGUUUCUUUGCCUCUGUCUCCAAAAUUAAACCAUUUUCCCCUAAUA